UCUCUCUCACACACACACACACAUCUGUGAAGCUCCGAGCAUCCACCUCAGAGAGGAGGAACAUAUAUUAUUCACUAUAGGAGUUUAAUCCACAAUUGUGUAAGACUCAGAUUGUAUUGGGCUAAAUAUGUUCACUCUGCAUGUAACCGCUAACCGACGGGAUCUGACGUCUUUUGUAUUCAUAUUCACCACGGGGGGGUCGCUGUUGUCAGCGUUAGCUUAGCAUAGCUUGGCUACGGAGAACGGGUAAUGUAUGUUUGUCCGGCUAAACACCGUUACUUGCAGUCACAUCGUGCACUUUGGCGUCGUCGCUCAUUGCUUCAGAAUUACCAAAGUGAAGAUACUAUCGCCAAGUCAUAGACCAAACACCGAUACACACUGGUACGGUUUAACCUUAUAACGCUUAACGUUGACGUGCUUUCUCAAAGCAGUGUGUUGAGUCCGCUAACCAAGCUAGUGAGUCGCUGGCUGGGGGUUAGCCGCUAACGCUGGAGGUAAACAUGCACCGCACAUAAAACGAUGCAGAAUCAACCUGAUGCGGCUCGGGUUCAAGCUUAGCUCAAUGGAUGGUGCACCCAGGCGAAGUGAUGAAACGUUAUCUCCAGACGGGUGUGACUGGGGACGCCAGGUCGCUGUGCUGAGGACCCGAUGCCUUCGCUGAGCCUCCACGAAGAGCGUGUCAGUGAUGCUGACAGCUGCUGUCCAGAUGCUUUGGCUUCCCAAAGUAGCAGAUCGGCCCUCCUACGGAAGAAAUGAUGAAAAAUUGCGAAUACCAGCAAAUCGAUCUGGAGGCACUGUCAACACCCGCCCCCACCCCUUCACCCCAACCCGUCACUGACAAUGGGAAGGAGGAGGAGAAGACGGCGAAAAAACAGCGAAGAAAGUGGGAAGUUUUCCAGGGGAAGAAUCGCUUUUGUUGCGAUGGGAGGAUCAUUAUGGCCCGGCAGAGUGGGGUGCUACCCCUCACCCUGGGCCUCAUCCUACUCACCAGUGUGUUAUUCUUCAUAUUUGAUUGCCCCUUCCUGGUCCAGCACCUGACCGUGUGCAUCCCUGUGAUUGGUGGAGCCCUGUUUGUGUUCGUGGUCAUCACACUGGUGCAGACCAGCUUCAGCGACCCCGGCAUCCUGCCCAGAGCCACCCCUGACGAAGCUGCUGAUGUGGAGAAGCAGAUCGACGACGCCGGCAACACCACCUACCGCCCGCCGCCGCGCACCAGGGAGGUGCUCAUCAACCAGCAGGCGGUGAAGCUCAAGUACUGCUUCACCUGCAAGAUGUUCCGGCCCCCGCGCACCUCCCACUGCAGUCUGUGUGACAACUGCGUAGAGCGCUUCGACCACCACUGCCCCUGGGUGGGCAACUGCGUCGGCAAGCGCAACUACCGCUUCUUCUACACCUUCAUCGUGUCGCUCUCGUUCCUGACAGCCUUCAUCUUCGGCUGCGUGACCACCCACCUUGCACUGAGGGCUCAAGAUGGAAAAGGCCUGGUGUUCGCACUGCAGGAGAGUCCUGGCAGUGCGGUGGAGCUGGUCAUCUGCUUCUUCUCCGUCUGGUCCAUCCUGGGCCUCUCGGGCUUCCAUACCUACCUGGUUGCUUCCAAUCUGACCACCAACGAAGACAUCAAAGGCUCGUGGACGGGGAAGAGUGGUGCCGAGGCGGCAACCAACCCGUACAGCCACAGAAACAUCUUCGUCAACUGCUGCUCUGUUCUCUGUGGACCCAUGCCCCCCAGUCUGAUUGACAGGCGGGGCUUCCUAUCAGCGGAGGAGGAGGCGGCUGCGGCGGCGGCGCCACAGGCUACCAGCAGAGAGGUGGAGCUGCCCGUCCUGGCCUCCAAGAAGGACAUAAAUGUGGGAUCCAAAUGUGUGUCCGAGGAGUCGCCCGCACGCCCCGCCUCCCGCCCGCGAGCCCCGCCCACGCCGCCCCCGGCCGACCGCCGCCGUGGCGGCGGCGGCGAGCGCGCAGGACACAACUCUGCGGUGAACUCUGACCCCGCCAGGGACCGCCGUCCGGCGGGGCGCGGGGCACUGCGCCACACCCCCGCCGCCGCCGCCGCGGGCGACGCCCACACCCACACCCAUCACAACGCCAAAGCCCACCACAAACGAACUCACCGGGGGGCCCGCUCCGCUCUGGACGGCCCCGGCGGGACCCGGGCCGCCUCCCCGGGUGUGGGACGCUCCUCAAAGGACCGUAGGAACGCCGGCUCCCCUCCCCCCCUGCCCUGAGCCAAGGCGGCCGCUCUCUGUAGGUUCAUGUUGCACGCUACGAUGCACUUACUGCCCUGCUUGUGAAUUCACUUUGUAUACUUUCUUUUUUUUUUGGUCGAAGUCCAUAUGUACGCUCUAUUUGGGGUUUGGUUUUCUUACCGCUCAUGGGAAAGAAGAUGGAGUGAUUUAAAAGAGGCUAAUCCUCGGUGAUGGGGUCUGAUUUGAGAUAAGUAGGAUUCACAGAGACUUUAGGAACAUGGCUUCAUCCACGCUUAAGACUGAACUGGCACCCUCUCACAAGAGCCGUAACUAUACUACCUCUGUUUUCUCAUAUUAAACCUGGCUUGUGAAGCAUGCUAGACACCCAAAUAUUGUACCACCAUUUAACUCUACAAAAUGUGAAAUGGUCACUUUUAUGCUAGCUUGCUGAUAACCAGUCAAAUAAAGAACUUUUUUGGAUCACAAAAAAAAAAUGUUUCAAGGGGUACACGCAGUAUAUUGUGUACUAUGCAAAUUACAUAAUGUAACUUUUCUUUGUUCACUUGGAAGUAAUUCACAUAUCUUCCUUGCAUCUAUAACAUGAACAUAAGGUUUAUAAUCGCUUUAUUCAGUUUAAAGGCGAUGUGUGUCUGAUGAUCUGGUGUUGUUUGUCGCGGCCCUCGAAGUUGUUCUAAACUAUGAUUGAACUGCAAUUCAUUUCACGGUUUGCCGUAAGCAUAUGCCUGGACUCCUUUGUUUGGUAACCUUACCGCCAGGCAUACCACAGCAUCGUCAGCACUUGACUUUAACAACAUGGCACAAGACACAUUUCUAUUAUCAUCACAAAGCGUUUCGGGGUUGUUCAAUUGUUGCUCAAAAGGCCAAUCUUCAACAGUGCUACGAAAGCCCUGCUUGUAAAUGUAAAAAAAAUAUGCAUGAUAAUGAAAACUUCUGUAUUCUUUGGCGACAUUCAUGUGUUUUUUUGUGCCCCCUACCCUAUGAUAUACCUCGAAGGUACAGACGUUCUUUCCAAAUAAAAAGCCGACCCUUCCCC